AUGCCACGGCCAAUUGUCCCAGCCCAUCAACGACAGAGAGCAGCAGAAGCAUGUAAUCUCUGUCGCGAAACCAAGAAACGAUGUAGUGGCUCCGCGCCUUGUACCCAAUGCGUGAGGCGAGGGCUAGAAUCGCAAUGUUUUAUCACGUAUGCGCCAAGGGGAUCAAGAACCAGAGCAAGGGCAGAGAGAGCUGCUGCUGCUGCUGCCGCCAAUUCAGUUACGAGCACGGGUCGAACAAGCUCAGUAUCAAAUCAGAGCGUGCAGCAGAAUUUAGAGACGGAAGAGAAUUACAGACCGCUUUCACCAUCUCAUUCACAACAGGAUGAUGACAAGGAUAGCCAGGCUGAUGCAUCAUCUGCUACGAAUCCACCACGGAUGCUAUUGAAUUCACGCGGUGAGAGAGUUUACGUCGGAGGCGCUGCAUCGAUAUCGUUCUUACAAAUUGUUCGCAAUCUCGUUUCUCAACAAAUCGGACCCUCGGCUUUCUCUCAUAAUGAGAAGAGUGAUACCAUGCUUGAGAUUGAAUCACCAACCGCCACGACACACGACCAUGAAAUUCCACAAUUAAGUCUAAGUCAAAGGAAUGGAUACUCAAAUAUCUUUGAUGAUGUGACCGAAGGAUUAAUUCACAUUUUCGACGAUGACAUAAUGGGAAUGCAACUCAAAAUGCUACCCGAAGACAACCCUUAUCCAAUUACACCUCAAAGACAAGUCACUUUGGAUUUGGUAUUCGCAAUCGGUGCACAAUGCGAAUCUCUCCAGAGCUCCAAGACAAUAGGACAAGCUUACUUCCGCAAAGCCCGUAGCCAAGCCUUUGUAGGAUUUCUCGAAGAUCCGGAUCUCGAAAUGGUCCGGAUAUUUCUGCUCAUGGCGUUUUACAUGCUUGGUGAAUGUCGAAGAAACGCAGCAUUUAUGUACCUCGGCGUAGCAGCAAAAGCGGCUCUUGCGCUGGGGUUGCAUAGCCGGGAAUCAUAUGGAGAGAAGCCAGACGAGAAAGAUCAAGUAAAACUACGCGUUUGGUUGAGCGUAUGUAUCCUUGAUAAACUCGUCAACUCCCUUCUUGGCCGCCCAUCCGCUUCAGCCCAGAUCCGAUCGGAUAGCAAACUUGACGACGUCGCCCAACCAGGAGACCGAAUAACCGAACGUUUAAUGGCUGCAAAUAAAGUAUCAUCCAUAAUAAACGACAUAACCGAUACGCUAUACGACCAGAAGAAAGUCACAAUCCCGAUAGUGGAACAGUUCCUCCAGGAUAUUGAGCGUUGGAAACGAGACCUUAUUGUAUUCGUGGAUGUACCGACAAUAGCAAGGAUACCGGAAGGAACUAUUGCUAAAGUACAUGUCUCGUGUUUAUACUAUUUGGCCAUCAUGUUGGUUUCAAGGCCGUUCCUGGUAUCGACUCUUACAACGAAGCCUGUUGCCAAAGGAGCACACUCACAGUUGGCAGCAGCUUGUCUUGACGCUGCAAUGUAUUUGUCACAAACAUGCGUCGAGGCACUAGAUGCAGGGCUGUUACAGGGAAACAUGUGUAUUAUGAAGGCUCUCGUCUUUGCCUCUGGAUUAAUCCUCGGUCUCGAAAUCUUCGCAAAGCAUCCCGCCGAACCAGACACAAUCAACGCAUUUCAAGGAGCAAAACGAGUCCUGAAGCACUUGUCAACCCAAAGUCCCCAAGCAGCGCACUAUCUCGACAUUCUCGCAACACUUUCAGGUGCUAUUGACAAGCGUCGCUCGUCGGAAUCAUCCACUGGUAGAAGCCGUUACGUGUCAAAACUUUUCAGUUUAAAUUCACCUGGUUCACGGGAGGAACCUAUGCUGAGUGAUGGGUUUCGGUUUGCGGAUGUUCAGAAUGGAGCUCAAGCUGGGGUGGUUGAUGAUGCGAUGCAGGAUUGGGUCUUUCAAGAGCCAGAGGGUGGUGAUUUUAGUUUGGAUUGGGAGAGUUUGAACGUUUCUUUGUGGGAUACCUACCCGUUUCUAUCAUGA